AUGACAAUAAUAACUUUACCAUUAUACAUCCAAAAGUUUAUAAUUAGGUUGAUUAGCCAUAAUAUCGAUUGUCAAAAUCGAUUAAUAGAUAUUUGUAGUAGUGGCAGUAGUAGUAGUGUUACUAGUGGAUAUAGAAAAAAUGAAAAAAGAAUAAAAACUUUAAUUUUAAAUAUGUCAUUAGUUUCAAGAGAAUGGUUUAAAACCUUAUCAAAUUUUUUAACAGUAUCAGUCGAUUUCAACUAUAAUGAUCAAGACCAAGAUCAACAACAACAUUAUUCAAUAAUAAAAAAAGAAAAUAUUGAAACAUUAAAACUGCAUUAUGAUCACAAAGAGAAAUCAUUUUACAAAUUAAAAUCAAAUGGUUGCAAAUAUAUAAAAAUAGAAUUAGAAGAAGUAAAUAACAAAAUAAUGAAAUUAUCAAAAUUACAUCAACAAGGUAAAGGUAAUUUUAAAAACUUUAUAUUAAGAAAUGUAAAUUACCAAAAUGAAUUUGAAAUAAUUGAUUCGUUAUAUCAAUGUGAACAAACAAAUUUAAUUGAUAUUUGUGAAUUUUCAUUGGUUAGAGAUUCUAUACAACAACAAGGAGAAAAUAAUAAUAAUAAUAAUAAUAAUAAUAAUAAAAACAAUGUUGAAAAAUUGAAAAAAAGAGUGAAAAACAUAGAAACCUUAAUAAUUGAUAAUUAUGCUGGUGGAGAUUUUUUCUUUGAAAUCACUAAACAUUGGUCAAACUCAAUUAAAAAAUUAAUAGUAGUAUCAAAAGCUUUUUUUUAUCCACUUUUUCAAUUAUUUUUAGAUGGUAAAUCUAAUUAUUUACCAAAUUUAAAAUCAUUAGAUGUAGGUCCAAUCUAUCCAAUUCAACUAAAACAAAUUUUAUUAUUUGGAGAAAAUAUAGAUUGUCUUUACUUUAAAACUUGUUUUAUUUGUUUAAUUAAUAACCUAAUUUCACCCAAUCUAAGAUCAAUUAAAGAUGAACGUGGGGAUAAAAUAUUUGGCAAUUGCAAAUUCUGUCAAAAAUAUUAUAAUAUUAGUCAUGAAAUUAAUAAUAAUAAUAAUAAUAAUAAUAAUAAUAAUAAUAAUAAUAAUAAUAAUAAUUAUGAAUUUGAAGAAAUUUUUAAAAGAAAUUAUAAUAUUAAGAAAUUAGUUUUUUAUGAUAAAUGUAUAUAUCAAGAUUUAACAAAAACAAUAAAGGAUUUAACAGACUCAGAAAUUGAAAUUUUUAUUUCAUUCUUAUCUCUGUUUAAAAAAUUGAAAACAUUUGAAACAAAUAUACCAUCUUUUGAAUUAUUUGAUGAAAUUAUAAAAAAAAAUAAAACAAUUACACAUUUAAAAUAUUUAGGAAAUCAAUAUGCUGAUUAA